UCGGAAACCAGUCAUGGCGCGGCGGAAGAGCAAGAAGAGCAAAAAGGGCAAGAAGGGAAAGGGCAAGGACAAGGACAAGAGCCCCAGCUCGAGUGAAGAGUCAACUAGAGCCGAUUCCAGCUCUAACCUCUCAUCCUCCGCCAGUGAGGCAUCGUCUCGCAGUCCGCGGCCCACCAAGCCUACCCUCUGGUCCGAGUACGGCUCCGACUCGGUUCUCGAGACGGCCGUUGGCGUCAAGCCCAUGUCGCGGCUCGGCCGCGGCCGGCAGAAGGUGGCGUCCAAGGCGCUGCGCAAACUGGAGCAUGUCCGCUUCCUCCCGCCUUCACACCUUGCGACUUGGAAGGCCAUGCGCGACUCAUCACUGCUUGCAUCGCGGGCGGCGCUGAUUGAGCUUGGCCUGUUUGUCUUGCUAGCGGUUGUCACGCCGCUGUACCUGGUGUCUGUCGGAUGGCUAGAGGUCUUUCUCAUGCCCAUGGCCAUGUUCCGCGGCCUGAUGGGCCUCCGCGAGGCCGCCGAGCACGUCUUCCACCUUGUGUUUGGCCUCUUUGCCACGGCGGCACUGGUGGCGCUCACCGUCGGCGUGGCAUACUUCCACGAGACAACGGCGGAUAACAUCGAGAUCUUUGGCCCGAUCGUGCUCUACCUUGCCUGCGGCUGGCUGUACUUUACCACCUCGCGGCAGGUGUUUGUGGACGACCGGCAUCGCACACGAUCGGCAUCCUGGGACGCGCUGACGUCACCGCACUCGGCCUUUCACACGCUGUACAAGCUGUGGUGCUGCCCGGCGCCGCGGGCAGCCUGGUCCGACAAGAACUCGUUCCUCUACGCCGGCUCGCUGUCGUCGGACGACAGCGGGGGCGACCAGAGCAUCUCGGUUGCGUCGGAUGACGGGGCCAAGAAGACGCCGUACGUGUCGCAGUACUUGCCGUCGCUCUCGUACGAUGAGGGCGAUGACGAGCUCGCGUCGGCUGGCCGGUACGACUCGGACGAGCCGCUCGCGGUCUCGUCGUCGUACUCGGCGCUCCUCGAGUCAUCGUACUCGGAGCUCCGCAACGCGGAGUCACAGCUUGAUCUCACGCGCAACCACUUUCUCAAGCUCAUUGAGCGCUACGUCCACUACACCUCGUUUGGCAAUUUCGUGUACUUUGUGGUCCUUCCGGCGCUCGGCGCACUCCUGCAGGCCUUUCUUAUUCCGUGGCACCGGGCCGCCGACGGCGAGCGCUUUGCUCCGUCGACGGUCAUCUUUGUGGCGGCGUUCUUCUCGUUUGUGGUCGGCACCUUUUUCGUGCUCUCGUACGUGGCGCGCGGCCUGCGCGAGUUCUCGCACGCCGCCGCGGCCUUUGAGGCAUUUGCUGCCUUUUACACCUCGCCGGACACGCCGCUGAUCAAGACCAAGUCGUCAUCGGCCAAGUCGGGCACUCGCUGGGCCUUUACCAUCGAUUCCAUCUCGUCGAUGAACCUGUUUGUGGCUGUCAAGUCACGGCUGCAGAUGCGCGCUGCCUUUGCGGCGGCCAACCUGACCGGUGCUGCUGUCCUCGCCGUCACCUUCCUCCUUGCCCUCACCUUUGCCAACGUUGUCAUUGUCUUUGGUCGCUCCGUCUCGGACCGGUCCGGCGCCAUCAACGUCGUCUCGCUUCUCGACAUUCCGCUCGCUGCCGGCAUCCUCAUCUGGAUGAUCCGAACCGCGCUGCGGAUUGAGGCCGUCAAGCGCGCCGACGACGCCUGGCUCACUGCCCGUCGCUACGACCUGCUCCGCAAGAAGGAGGCCGUCGAGGCCGGCAAGAUCUCAUCGCGCUCCUCGCCCGAACUCAUGGCCGUCGUCGCCAACAUGCUCGACAACUUUGCCUCGUCCACCGAGGUCAAGGCCCCGCUCCACGUCCUCGGCAACACCAUGUCCGGCGAGCUCGUCAACGUCGUCGUCAUCCUCGCCGUCGCCGGCUUUGGCUCGGCCUUUCUCAAGAUCGUCAACUUUUAGUGAUGCAUUUGAUCUACAUUGAACCGCCCCCCGCCCUCCA